AUGCUAAAAAAGUUCAAAGCAUUUUAUAACAAAGAUAACUUUAACAGUUCAGAAGGAUUAGUAGAUCCAUAUAAAUAUCACUGUACGUGUUAUUACAUUCUAAAAUACUUUCAAGUUUUGGAUAACGAACCUAAGCCAAUAUGGAGAUAUUUUAUUUUAAUUUUUCUUGGCAUUACUACAUUGCUUGCUUUGACUACUCUGGGGAUAACCGCAUCACAUGGAGUUGCGAUAAAUGAUCUUACUGCAAUAACUGAACCUGGAUGUUACUUCAUAAUUUUACUAUAUGAAUUAUUAAUGCUCUUAUGUACUGUUGAUAAUUUACCUCAAUAUCACGUGUUUUUGGACACACUGAGAAAAGAUUUUAAAUUCAUAUGCACGGAUGGAAAAAAAUACAGAGAAAGAUUUUUCAAUAACCAACUAAAGAUUUGGAAAAUGUGUAUACUAUCUGUUGUGUUUACGAGUUUCAUUGGUAUCGGCGUGGUAUGUAUCACGCUACUGUGGCUGCUCUGGUAUGUAUUAACGCACGAGCCAGGUGACGGAACCAGUCGCCCGCUUCUAAUCCCCUAUUGGUACUACGAUACCGACUUCGGCAAGACACCGUACUACGAAAUGGCAUUUGCAUUCUCCAACUUCUGUUCUUUGGCUUACGCUUAUAGCUACAUAUUUAUGAUCCAAACACAAAUAUUUUGGAUUGGGCAAAUAACGACUAAAGCUGAUCUAAUAAUAUGGUACAUUGAAGAUUUGAUGGAAGGACUUAAGAUACCGACUAAUACAUAUGAAACUGAACAAUUUGAGUCACAAAUCAAGUACAGAAUGGGUAUAAUAAUACGGGAACAUCUUUCUAUGUACAGGCUUCUAAAAAACUACACGAAAGUAUACAAAAAAUUACUUAUGUUUGAACAAAAAGCUGGUGGUCCUGUCGUCUGUUUGACCGCCUAUUGCAGCGCUGAGAAAUUAAAAGAUGGAGAAAUAAAUGCCAUAACGAUGUUACUGUGUGGUGGAACAAUUAUUGAAGUAUUUAUUCCCAGUUAUUUAUGUACAAUUAUGGGAAUGAAGUUACGAUCUGUUGGCGAGGCUUGUUUGGAUAUACCUUUUUGGGAUAUUGGAAAAAUGAUACGACCGUAUAUUAUUCUAAUGAUGCAAAGAUCGCUUCGACCACUACAACUGAAUGCUCCGGGAUUCGAGGAUGUCUCUGUUCAGACGUUUUCUAAUAAAAUGGCAUCUGCUUAUUCUUUUUUUAAUAUGUUGAGACAAGCAAAUAUUUAG